AUGGUGGCUCCCAGGCGACACGCAGUCACUCUAAUUAUCAUCACCAUCCUUGUUCUCUUCACCAUCAUCCUCUGGAAGCAUCCCUCUGGUCUUUUACCAGUUCUCUCACAUCAACCAUCGCCCAACAUGUCGAUCACGCACAUUGUCAUGUUUCAAUUCAAAGAUGGGGUCAGCCCCGAAGUAAUCAAAGAUAAGCCAUACAUUCAGGCCGCAUCGGGCGGACUGGAUAAUUCGCCCGAAGGCAUCCAACAUUGCCAAUAUUUGACGCUUAUGUCUCAAGAUAGAAUGUGGCUGAGAGACGAUCACUCAUUAUUUACAAUGGUUGAGGUUCAAACACUUGUCCAACCGGACAUCCAAUAUCACCCCGACUACACCAAAUACACAGCCCGCACCGAGCGUCGCAUCGCAACUGAAACCUUGCCCAAGACCUUGCCCAAGAGAUUUCCCGAGCAUUUGGACUCUCCCUUAGUAUGGGAAGGAACGGAGGUAGAGAAACGCGAUGAUUGGAUCUACCAAUUGAAUGAUGGGCAGCUUGACGAAAUUGACCAAGCCCUGCAGUUCUUCAAAUCCAAGAACCCCUCCCUAGGUUCAAUCAACCAAUCCACCUUCCCCCUACCAACCCUCCACCCCAUCCUUCGCGACCUCUCCCGCGAAAUCCACCUAGGCCGGGGCUUCGUUGUCGUCCGCGGCCUGCGCAUCGACCACUACACCCGCGAAGACAACAUUAUUAUCUACGCCGGCGUGUCCUCCCACAUCGGGAACUACCGCGGAAGACAAGAAGAUAAUCGGAUCAAGGGAACACCCUCUCGUGUACUAUCCCACAUCAAGGACAUCUCCAAUAAAGUCCAGCCGGGCACUAUCGGCGCGCCAUCCAACACCGCCGACAAACAAGUCUUUCACACUGACUCGGGGGAUAUCAUUUCCCUGCUCUGUCUCCAGGAAGCUGCAGAGGGCGGAGAAAGCAAGCUUGCAAGUAGCUGGCACGUCUACAACAUUCUAGCUAGGGAGAGGCCGGAUCUUAUUCAUACCCUUACGCAGGACUGGCCAUUUGAUGGAUUCUCCAAUCCCACACAGCCAUACAGCACCCGUCCCCUUCUUUACCAUCAACCUGCCACAUCUAACACCCCGGAGCGAGUGCUGAUCCAAUACGCCCGCCGCUACUUCACAGGCUUCAUGGCGCAGCCUCGCUCGACUAAUAUUCCGCCCAUCAGUGAAGCGCAGGCAGAGGCGCUCGAUGCACUGCAUUUCCUGGCUGAGAAGCACAGUGCCUCGCUUGGAUUCCAGAAGGGAGAUAUUCAGUAUGUGAACAAUCUGAGUAUCUUUCAUGCGAGAAAUGGGUUUACGGAUGGGCCUGGGAAGGAGCGCCAUUUACUCCGACUUUGGUUGAGGGAUCCUGAGUACGCAUGGGAGACUCCGGAGCCGUUGCGGAAGAGAUGGGAUAGUUUGUAUAAAGAUCUAGAGCCGGAGGAACAGGACUUUCCUCUCGAGCCGAGGAUUAGGGGAAAUACGACAUCCUAG